CGACAGUCCACGCAGACGAAAUGUUGGACUUCGCUAUCUUCGCUGUCACUUUUGUGCUGUUCUUACUUGUUUUGGUAUUUUAUUUAUAUCCCGGUUCAAAGAGCCAAACUACCAUUCCGGGAAUGGAUCCUUCCGAUCCAAAAGAAGGAAACUUACCAGACAUUUUACAAGCUGGAAGUUUGCAGAUAUUUCUGGAGAAACUUCAUAAGCAGUACGGACCUAUAUCGUCAUUCUAUAUGGGAACGACACUAUUUGUCAGCUUGGCGGAUCCAGAAUUAUACGAGCAACAUAAACAUGUGUUUGACAAACCUGUCGAGCUUUUCUCCAUGUACAAACCAAUAAUUAACGAAAAAAGUGUGCUUAUCGUAAAUGGUGCUGAAGGAAGAAAGCAACAUAAGGAAUUAGAAAAGGUUUUAAAUGAGACGUGCCUUAAAAAAUUAGAAGUUCUUUGUAAGCUAACUGAAGAAUUAGUAGAAAAGUGGAAAGGUUUAUCUGCCGAGCAGCACAUUCCUGUGUAUAAAUAUAUGAUAGCCCUUUGUAUGAAAAUUUUUUCAAAAACUCUGUUUGGAAAUUCUUUUCACGAAGAUAAAUGUGUGUUAGAUUUUAGCAGAACAUUUGAAAUUUGUUGGACAGAAUUAGAAGCUCGAGCAGGUGGUUCCAUUCCUGAAGAGAAUAGCCCACAAGAUAUUCAGUUCCAGGAAGCUGCUAAACGUUUAAAAGAAUUGAUGAUUAAAGCUGCAGAAGACAAAGAUGAUGAAGAGAAUAUCUUUAAUAGUCUGAGGAAAAUUGGUACACUAGAACAAAAUAUUAACGAUGAUGCUAUAAUUAUUGUUUUGAAAUAUUAUUCAGUUGUUGCAUUCCUUACUUGGACAAUAUAUUUUUUGGCACUUCAUGACGACAUUCAGGAAAAAGUAUAUGAAGAAAUUGAUAAUAUUUUAAUAAAUAAUUCCCCUGUAACGGAUGAAGCCUUGUCAAAGCUAAGUUAUCUCAAACAAGUAUUAAAUGAAUGUCUUCGUAUGGCUAACGUAGAACCCUGGACAGCUAGAGUCUUAGAUACCGAUGUCGAAAUUGGGGGUCAUAUUAUUCCUAAAAAGACACCUGUAAUUCAUGCUCUUGGUGUAACACUUCAAGAUAGUAAGCAUUGGGCUGUUCCAAAGAUGUUUGAUCCCGAACGAUUUAAUAUUGAAAAUGUUAAAGCUCGCCAACAAUUAGCAUUUCAGCCAUUUGGAUUUGCAGGAAAACGCCAAUGCCCAGGAAAUAAAUGGACUUACGUUCAAGUUAUGACUAUAUUAACAAUGAUUUGUAGAAAUUUUAAGUUAAGUCUGGUAGAAGGCCAAAUGGUUACACCUUACAGUCGACUUAUAACGAGACCGGAGGAAGAAUUAUGGAUAACAAUCAAGAAAAGAUAAAAGUUUGUAAUUAUAGCAUUGAAACAAGUAUAUAUUUUAUAUAUUUUUCUCUGUAUGUGUUCUUUUAUUGACAUUUAAAUAAUAAUGUUAUUGUCAAAGACUUAAUAU